AUGUUAGCCGACUCCUCCACACAUGCCCUCGGCCUGGUGGCCGUCGCGGCCUCGUUGGUAGCGGUCGCUCAGGGCGCCUACCCCUUAACAACAGACUCCAACUGCCACUGCUACAAGACCAACGCCACGCGAUCCAACUACUUCUCUCACCACCGCUUCUUCGACUUCCGCUCGCUCUCGCAAUACGUCAACGUAACCCGCCCGCUGGCCGACUUUGAGGCCAACGCGCGAGCCCCGCCGACGAGCGCCUACUUCAGGGACUCCGACUUCACCCGGGCGUGGGCCAUCAUGAGCUGGAACAACACGGAGCGGCUGAGCCUGAACAACACCACCAUCACCGACGCAACUCUGAAAAUGGUCAUGAGCCCCAACAACAUCUACAUUGAGCGCGACACAGACGCGCCCCGGCAACCAUCCAUCGGACCCCCUUUUCCCGGCAACAACAACAACCCCCCUUGGCCGUGGCAGUGGGGCCGUUGGCCGGGGGACUGGCAACCGCGACGGUGGCCGGGUCGGUGGCAACCUGGCCGAUGGCAACCCGGUCACGGUGGACGAUGGCAACCGGGACGGUGGCAGCCGGGGCCAACACAAUGGCAACCAGGGCCCCGGCAGUCUCAGUCCCAGUCCGGCGAGACGCACCUAACGAUGCGCACGGUUCGACACGCCAACUUCCAAUCCGCCGCCGAAUUCGAAUCCCUCAGCACAGGCUACCAAUUCCUCUCGGUGCGCAUGCUGGCGCGCACCAUCGGUUCCUCUGGCGCGGUAACCGCCAUGUUCACCUACCGGCCGCCUCCCACGCCGCACAACAUCUCUCUAGUCCAAGAAGCCGACCUGGAAAUCCGCACGCAAGACCCCCCUGUCUACGUGCAAUACACGAACCAGCCGUCAUGGAACGACACGAGCGACAUUCCCGACGCGACGCGUAACGUGACGCUGCCUGGUGGUAAGAGGUGGAGCGACUGGGCGGUUUACAGAAUGGACUGGACGCCGGGGAGCACGACGUGGUACGUCAAUGGGCAUCUGGUGAGCGAGAUACGGUUCCAGGCGCCCCGCGAUCCGGCGCAGGUCAUGUUCAAUACCUGGAGUGAUGGCGGGUCGUGGUCGGGGCAUAUGCCUGUUGGUGGGGAGGCGUAUAUGCAGAUUAAGUGGAUUGAUAUGGUGUUUAACAAUACGGAUCCGGGACUGGGGGCGGGGAGGCAAGGGGGGUGUAGGAAUGUGUGCAGUAUUGACGAGACGACCAAGCUGGGGACGCCGGUGCUUAUUACGGGAGGCUCGCAGCAACAGCCUCAGCCGGCGGGUCCGGCCGCUUGCGCGGCGGCAAAGUACGGCCAGUGCGAUGGGAAGAAUUGGAACGGGUGUAAGAGCUGUGUUGCGGGAACGACGUGCCGGUACCAGAACGACUAUUAUUCCCAGUGCUUGUAG